GUUUUUAUUAAUAAUAAUAUUUUAUUGUUACUAUUUUAUUUUUAGUGAAUGCAGGGUCCUGGGAGAGCAGAUAUAGUGAAUGCAGGGUCCGGGGAGAGCGGAUAUUGUGAAUGCAGGGUCCGGGGAGAGCGGAUAUAGUGAAUGCAGGGUCCGGGGAGAGCAGAUAUAGUGAAUGCAGGGGUCCGGGGAGAGCGGAUAUAGUGAAUGCAGGGUCCGGGGAGAGCGGAUAUAGUGAAUGCAGGGUCCGGGGAGAGCGGAUAUAGUGAAUGCGGGGUCCGGGGAGAGCGGAUAUAGUGAAUGCAGGGUCCGGGGAGAGCAGAUAUAGUGAAUGCAGGGUCCGG